AGUCGACUCGAAUUCGAUUGAUACGUAGUUGUCUCGUACAUUCAAUAACAAUCGUUCAUUAACGGCAGAAUAAAUAAAGAAAAAUUACGCCGAAUUCGAAAAGGAACGAUUGGUUAAUUUCAUAAUAGUCAAGUGAUCAACAUCAGGGAUGUAUCCAGAGGAACAGGAGCUUGACUUUCGAAGUACCAGCAAGGUGUUAGCUUUGAACAAACUUACGUUACAUUGCGCGGGAAUUUGGCCAGAAAAGAUUCACGAGCCGAUUUUCAUUUUUUUCUCUGUUUACUUGGCCACACAUUGUACAAUGGGAGUCAUCUCGAUUAGCGAUAACAUAUCGGAUAUGGAAUAUGCUAUUGCUUGCUUUGAAGAGAACUUGUUCAAUUUUAUGGCGCUAUUGAAGAUAUCCAUAUGCAGAAUGAAUAGCAAUUCGUUGGCAGAAAUUUUUAAGGAAAUCAAAGUCGAUCUUAUUCCAGAAAGAUACAAAACCGAUGAGGAAAAGAUUGCUUUUUUAAAUUAUAACAAUUUUAGUAUAAAGCUCGUUAAGAUCACUUUAGUAACAUGCACCACAACCGUUAUGCUGUCUUAUCUGUCCGUUUUAGCUACCAACAUUGAAAUGGUCAUUGCAAAUUCAUCUUACGGAUACGUAUUGCCAUACAAAACUCCUCCGCUGAUCGAACCGACAAAUCUAACAAUCUACGUUCUUCUUUGUCUAUAUGAAUUUUUAUCCGUAGUAAUUAUAAUCUUCGGUUACAUUGGAACUGAUUGUCUAUUAAUCAGUUUAGUACUCCACGUCAGUGGUGUUUUCUCUGCACUUUCCUGCAAAGUAAAACACGUUUUGGAGAAUCCGGAGAAUCGUAAACGUCGAAUAAAGAAAUUAAUUUUGCGACACAUACGUCUAGUACGGUAAUAAUAAUAAAUAACAACAACAACAA